AUGGAUAAUAGGAAAAGUAAAAAACCUGGGCGUAUAGCUAAAAUGAUCAAUGAAUUUUACAUCAACUGGAAUUAUAGAAGGCAUAGUUGGAGAGCUAGUUUUUAUUAUAAUUGUUUAACAAUCAUUGCUGCUUUUAAUAUUAUAUUCACCUUAAUAUUUCAACAAUUUAUCAAGUCUUUCAAUUUUUUUAUAAAUUAUUCGUGUGAAUAUGCAAAUAUUAAUUUUAUGUUAACAGAUUUAUUAAUUUUUCUUGUUUUAACAAGUUUCAUAAGUAUUUUAGCUUUUUUUUUAUCCAGAAUAUGUUCAAUAUUUUCAAAUUUUACAAUUAAUGAUUUUAUGUCAUUAGGAGAAUGUAUUAAAAGAAUUGGAUGUACUGCUAAAUGGUUCCCUUGGGGAUUAGCAAUCCUUUUUGUUUUUUGGUUUGUAAUAAAUAUAUUUAAUUUAAUUACUCUUUAUGUUACCCCAAACUUAUGGUGUAAGAGGCGUUUAAAUAUUACAGGCACACUUGUAGUAAACAAUUGCAGAAUUUUUGAAGGGAGAAGAACAUCGUGCACAAAUACGAUGAUGGAACAUGGAGGAAAUACGAAUAUAAGUUAUAUCCGUAAGUGUAAUGACCUAAGUUACUUAAAAAAUCAUAAUUAUUUUAUAUUUAUUCCAGAUUUUAGAAAAGAGAGCUAUAAACAAUGCAACUUUAAUAAUUUAAGAGUUUGUAUAGCAUAUAGAGAAUUAAGAAAUGAUCAGCAUGCUUCGGAAAAAGCAAAAGGCAUGAAAAUGGAAGGUUGCCUAGAAAAUACUCCAACAAAGGUUGAAGAAUUUUAUGACAAAGACAUUCAAACUAGUGAUUUAUAUAAGUAUGCUCAAAUAUUUACAAUAGGUAGUAACGUAACAUUCUUUCUUCUUAUGUUUUUUUUUUAUUUUAUUAAGUAUACAACUCAAUUUGAUGGAUUAUUUUAUCAGUCAACAGAUAAUUCUGAAAUUUUCAUAUUACAAAUUUUGCGCCCUUUAACUCCAUGGAGCUAA